UUUCGAUACCCUCAUACUCUCGGGACGAACGUCUCUUGUAUAUAUGAAUUUGAGAAGACAAUGUUUCACAGCCACCAAGUUCUGGCCGUUGAAGCUUCAGUUCCAACAACAUUGCUGUCACCGGAUGGCAGUCAAGUCAACAUAUCAGACCCCCCCCCCGUCAGGUGCGAGGCGCGCUCAUCGGUUCAAUCCACCACUAUGGACAGCGUCUCCAAUAGCGCGAUCGUGAACGGGGACGCCUCGGGAACCCCCAAUCGACCUCGGAUCGAACGUGUUAUUAAUCAUACAAACACAGCACGGCUCCAGUUCUUCAUCAGCGACAAGGGUCUUAAUACACUGAUGCCAUCUAUGACGACCGUGGCUGCGACGUCUGUAGCCGAACAUCGAGCCAAAGCAAGCCAGAAUAUCAACAGGAUCAUGGCCAAUUUUGAGCGGUGAAAGCAGACCGGAGACUUGUAAAGCUAUUGGAUGAACAUUGGCAUACU